CAUUCGAGACAUAUAAAAGCGGAGAUCAAAAAUGUUGCGGCACAUUCUACUUGAGCUCUCCUCUCGUGAAGUCACAUUCAUCCCUUCGAAAUGGCUUUCAAGCUGGUAGCAGCGUUGUGCCUGGUGGCGGCGGCGCAGGCGGGCGUGGUCCCGGCCGCCUACACCGCGCACGCGCCGGUCGCAUACGCGGCGGCACCGCUCGUGCACGCCGCGCCGGCCCCAGUAGCCUACGCCGCCCCCGUGGCCAAGUACGCCGUGGCCGCCCCCGUUGCCAAGGUAGCAGUCGAGGAGUACGACGCUCACCCGCAGUACAGCUUCGCGUACGACGUGCAGGACGGUCUCACCGGAGACUCCAAGAGCCAGCACGAGUCCCGCGACGGAGACGUCGUGCGCGGCUCCUACUCGGUCGUCGACCCCGACGGCACCAAGCGCACUGUCGAGUACACCGCCGACGACCACAACGGAUUCAACGCGGUCGUGCACAAGGAGCCCGCGGCGGUCAAGGUCGCCAAGAUCGCCGCCCCCGUCGCCUACUCCGCCCCCCUGGUGCACGCCGCCCCCGUCGUCGCUAAGGUCGCUACCCCAGUGGCCUACCACGCGGCCCCAGUCGUCCACCACGCUGCCCCAGUCGUCGCUAAGGUCGCUACCCCCGUGGCAUACUCCGCUCCUCUGGUCCACCACGCCGCUCCCGUGGUCCACGCAACCCCUGUGGCCUACGCCGCCGCCCCCGUCUACCACCACUAAAAACAACGUUGGCAAGCACCUAGUCACUAUGUAACAAUGUUAAUCGACGUUUUUGUACAUAUUUAUUUUUCUAGCAAAUAAAUAAAUAAUUCUGCUAUA